AUGGUACUUGGUCAGCUCAAGGUAACUGGUUUUACUAACAACAAUUGGUCAUAUGAGCAGAUUGUAGGUGCGCGGUUUGACGAACGCGGUCGCGUUACUGACGCAGGUAUGGAUCUAAACGAUCCUGCAGCAUUUGGUGAAUACUGUAAAGACGUAAUCAUCGUCACCGUUUUUGUGCAGGUUCUUGCUCUUUACUCUUCUUUCGCAUAUUUGAUUCUUUUAGUAAUCCCUGCUGCUGCCGCAUACAAGGUAUUCUUCGGUUUGAUACUACCCUGGAUCACAGCUCCCACAGGGGAAGGUAAUGAAGAGAUGGAUGACAAGAAAUUGAGAAAACGUGAACGUCGAGAGAAGAUUGUCUAUCGAAGAUGA